UUUACGUUUCUCAGCUGUUGCGCCCUGACGUUUCUAUAGAAAAAUAUUUCAGUGUUUAUACACAACAACAACACAUCAAGUUUCCUUGGAGGAAAAAAGUCAUUAGCUGCUCUCUAAUUUACAUGAAUGGAUAAUAAAAAAUGAAGGAAAUAUUUAUUAUUUUAUUGAGCAUUUUAUGCUUUGUCCAGGCACAGCUCAAAGAUAAUGGAUUUAUCAAUAUAACAAUAACAGGAUUUAAUGAUAAAGCAAUUAAUGGUCAAGCAGUAUCAAAAAAAAUUGAUCUUGCUCCAAAAAGUGUAUCAACAAUAAAAAUUGAAAAUAUUCCAGUUAAUGUUACAUAUUUAAUUAUUCAAGUACAUACACAUGAAGAUGAUAUUAUUAUUGAGUAUAAUGAAACUGUUGGUAAUCAAACUGAAGUUGAAGGAUCCAAUAUUGGUCUUGUGUUAAAUCCACAAGAACCAAGGACAAUUAUUAAAAAUAAAAAUAAUAAAAAUAUAAGUGUUCUUGUUGCUGUUGUUUAUUAUUUAUCUCAAGGACCAAUACCAGGUGCUUGUAGUAUAAAUUCUAAUUUAAAUAUAUCACCGUAUUUAAAAUUAUUACUAUCAGAUGGAAAAAUUGAGGUUGAUGCACAAGCAGCAUCAUUUGAAAAAUUAAAAUGUGAUAAUGAUAAUCAAAUAAGCUAUGAUGCAUAUCGUUUAUUUAUAACUGAAGGUGAUUAUUCAUCUGAUAAAUAUUUUUCAACAAUAUUAAAAAUGAUUACUGUUGAUGAUAUUAUCAAAAAUGGAAUUAAGAUACCAGCUGCUGUUACGACAAGCCAAAUGAGAAGAGUAUACAGUGCUUAUCCUGGUACUGGAUCUGCUUAUGCUAUGAUUGCUAAUUAUGGAAAUUAUUCAUCAGCAUAUGUUACAACAUUUUCAUAUGCUUGUGAUCCAUUUACAGAUCCUGAAUCUUGCAAUUUAUUUAGUGAUACAUUUACAAAAUUUGUUUGUAUUGUUAUUCUAAUAAUUGGUAGUUGUUUAACAUUUAUUGGACAUGCUGGACCAAGCUUUGAAAUGUUUCUUUGGGGUUCAAUAAAUGGUGCAUUUAUUGGCUGUAUAUUAUCUGCUCCAAUUGGAUGGUCAAUGUUGAUUGGUCUUGCAAGUGGUAUAGUAUCACUGAUAUUUAUUGGAAUGGAAAUAUCAUUUAUUCCAACAUUUCAAGCUGCCUUGACCACAUCAUCCCUCGCAUUUGGAAUCAUCUAUUUUUUUAUUUCCGAUGGAACAGAAAUUUUCGAAAUUGAUAGACAAUUUUUUUUAAUUUAUUUGGUAUUAACAAUGAUUGUACUUGUAUUAUUUUGCUCAUUUCCAUCAUAUUCAAAUGUAUUUUUUUCGUCAUUCGUUGGAAGUUAUAUGAUACUUUUGCCAUUUGAUUUUUGGCUUGGAUCAAAUCUGAAAUAUAUUGUCAUUAAUAUUGUCAGACGAUUGACUGUUUAUGAAUUUAAUAUUGCAAGAAUAGAUCAUCCAUUUCAGACAUAUGAUAUUAUUUUGAUGAUUUUAUGGGCUGGUUUGAUGCUUUGGGGUAUCAAAAAACAAAAUGAAAAUGUUGAAUUUGUUACAACAGUAACAUCAACUGGAAGUUUUCCAGUCUUGAGUGGAUCUAGAAAUAACAGACGUGUUUUAGUCAUUCGUGAUUCUGAUGAUGUAACACGAAGUGCUGGUUUUUUUGCUUAAUUAAAUUUAAAAAAAAACUAUAUCACUUUAAAAAUAAUUUCAUGCACUUAAUUAGUAUAUAAGAAAUGUGUUUUUUUUUUACUUUUUCUAUUUGACAAAUAUUUUUCUAUAAAAUAAAAUAAAAUAUAAAAAAAAAAAAAAUUUAAAUAACAGUGUUGUUGAUUAAAAAUUAAGAGAUAAUAAAAAGGUACUAAUUAUA